GUCAUGCUGUUGUGGAGCAUGCUGGAUUGACUCCAGCAGAUGCAAACUGAGCUAAGACUGAUGCAGUGCUUUCUAAAAGAUGUAGACAAGAGGCACGAUGGAGACGAGAGUGUUCGGAAUUGGGUUUCAGAAAUAAGAGAAGCUGCUUACUACAUUGAGGCUGUUAUUCAAAGUUUUCCUCGAAUCUGUACACAAGAAUGGAGGAAUCCAUUACCCACCAUCAAAGGCACAGCAGUUUCACAACCUGGAGGAUGUUAUAAAAACUAACCAAACUUUUAAUUGUUGGAAACAUUAUUAGAAAUGUGGCAUUCAAACCUGCAAAAUGAUGAAAUGAAACUGCCAUGAAAUGGCAAAAUAACAUAAACUGAGCUAAAGAUGAUGCUCAGGUUUUUCCAUUGAUUUCCAGACGUUUUUCAUCAAUACAGACAUGUUUUGUAUGACUAGUCUUUUACAUUCACCUACUACCUUCGAAUAAUAAUACAUAAACCCCAAAACAAGGAGCAUGUUACAUGUAUACAAUUAAAGUAAAGCCAUAAACUGAGAUGAAACACUUAACAUCAAAGAUACAAGAAGAUCACAUUUGAAAAUCAACAAAGAAACUUCUCAGCAACUUAAUGAAACUGAACUGGACAAGAACAGUGAUGUGAACAAUAACCUUGCUGCACUGUUUCAUUAGUCUUUAACAUGGUGAAAAAAAAAUUUAUCUUCACGAUCUGAAGUAUGGAUUACAAUUCCAAAACUAGAAGUACAGCACGCUGAGAACUUACAAUUCCAUGUCCUUCUCUCAGUUUCCUUCCUGGACACAACCAAUAUCCUGUUUCUGUCAGUAAUCUCAUUCAAUCCUUUCACUUAUUUUAACUUGGAAUUAAUAUCAAUGAACAUAUCAGCAUUGAAUCUCAGUAUGCACAAGCACCAAAAAAGCAGUUGUUGAAUUCAGAUGGUCAAGCUUCUAGUUACUAUGGUAGAAACUAAGAAGGUUUAAAGUUCGUGAAAAUACCUUCGAGUUCACAAUCACUACAAGACUGCAAUGUAAAAACUUCAUUUCCAGAAAGAAAUUCUUUUGUUCAGGAAAUUAUCAUACAGAUUUGUGUGUUUCAGAAUGCAGUCCAGAAAUAGAAGUCAAUAGUGAAU